AUGUUCAACAAAAUGCUGAUAGCUUUGUUGCUCGUCGCAACUGUCGACAUAUCGUGGGCCGAGUCAGCACUUAGCCGCGAUUCAUUGCUCAACCGACACAGGAGAGAGAUUGAUGGACAGUCAAAGUGGGUUAAUUAUGGAUCAGUUGGUCAGCAAUACAAAAAUAACUAUCACUUUGAUGGAACGUCGGAAAAUGGAGGUGGUUCUCAAAAUUCUUCGAUUAGUACAGGAUCCGUAACAAAUCAGGAUAAUAAUUCUUACUCAAAUAUUGAUCAGGCCGCUAACGUUUAUCUUGUUCUGCCUCGUUGGUAUAAUAUCGCAAAUCAACAGACACCCUCCGCCGUCCACGGAAGUUUGGGAACUCAUCUUACACAGCCGAGACAUCGAGCAGUACGAGAAAAAAUAGAUCAAUUGAAAAGAACUUGUACAGAAAUAUAUGACGGAGUAACAGAAAUAGAGAGUGCAAAUGAUCGAGGCUUAGACCGUAACCGUGAAAAGACUACUCAAGAGGAAUCGAACAAGUCAUUAAAGUUAAAUAUUUUGUACCACAAAUGUAAAACGUUAAUGGAUAGACUUAAAUACCAAGAAGUACGUCUUAGUCAGUUUAACGAUGAAACUCUGCCUAUGCAUGAUAUUUUUGACGCAGAUUUAGCUCACUUAAGAACGAUGUUAGAGAAUGCGAAUUUAGAGUUAAUAUCUUUGCGGGCCAGUUAG